AAUGCUGGAGCCUUCUCAUGUGGCUGAUGCAAACCUGGAGAAUUUGCAUCAUCAUUUAGCUGUAGUAAGUUGGUGUGACAGGCAGGCGCUUAAAUACAAGCCCACGAGGAAGCUGAGCUGGUUUGUAAUGAUAGGGCGGCAGCAGCAGCAGCAGCAGCAGUGGUGGAACAAGGAGGUGGAGAAUUGAGAGCACGAUGCAUACACAGGUGUUUCUGAGUAGUAAUUAGAUCGCUGUGAAGGAAAAAGCACACCUUUGAGUUUUCACCUGUGAACACGAUAGCGCUGAGAGAGACAGUCUGAAAGCAAAGAAAGCAAAGAGGAAGACAUCGAUCAGUAACACCAAGAGACACCAAAGUUGAAAGUUUUGUUUUCUUUCCCUCUGUUUUAUUUUUCCCCCGUGUGUCCCUACUAUGGUCAGAAAGCCUGUUGUGUCCACCAUCUCCAAAGGAGGUUACCUGCAGGGAAAUGUUAACGGGAGGCUGCCUUCUCUGGGCAACAAGGAGCCACCUGGGCAGGAGAAAGUGCAGCUGAAGAGGAAAGUCACUUUACUGAGGGGAGUCUCCAUUAUCAUUGGCACCAUCAUUGGAGCAGGAAUCUUCAUCUCUCCUAAGGGCGUGCUCCAGAACACAGGCAGCGUGGGCAUGUCUCUGACCAUCUGGACGGUGUGUGGGGUCCUGUCACUAUUUGGAGCCUUGUCUUAUGCUGAACUGGGAACAAGUAUAAAGAAAUCUGGAGGUCAUUACACAUAUAUUUUGGAAGUCUUUGGUCCAUUACCAGCUUUUGUACGAGUCUGGGUGGAACUCCUCGUAAUACGCCCUGCAGCUACUGCUGUGAUAUCCCUGGCAUUUGGACGCUACAUUCUGGAACCAUUUUUUAUUCAAUGUGAAAUCCCUGAACUUGCAAUCAAGCUCAUUACAGCUGUGGGCAUAACUGUAGUGAUGGUCCUAAAUAGCAUGAGUGUCAGCUGGAGCGCCCGGAUCCAGAUUUUCCUAACCUUUUGCAAGCUCACAGCAAUUCUGAUAAUUAUAGUCCCUGGAGUUAUGCAGCUAAUUAAAGGUCAAACACAGAACUUUAAAGACGCCUUUUCAGGAAGAGAUUCAAGUAUUACGCGGUUGCCGCUGGCUUUUUAUUAUGGAAUGUAUGCGUAUGCUGGCUGGUUUUACCUCAACUUUGUUACUGAAGAAGUAGAAAACCCUGAAAAAACCAUUCCCCUUGCAAUAUGUAUAUCCAUGGCCAUCGUCACCAUUGGCUAUGUGCUGACAAAUGUGGCCUACUUUACGACCAUUAAUGCUGAGGAGCUGUUGCUUUCAAAUGCAGUGGCAGUGACCUUUUCUGAGCGGCUACUGGGAAAUUUCUCAUUAGCAGUUCCGAUCUUUGUUGCCCUCUCCUGCUUUGGCUCCAUGAAUGGUGGUGUGUUUGCUGUCUCCAGGUUAUUCUAUGUUGCGUCUCGAGAGGGUCACCUUCCAGAAAUCCUCUCCAUGAUUCAUGUCCGCAAGCACACUCCUCUGCCAGCUGUUAUUGUUUUGCACCCUUUGACAAUGAUAAUGCUCUUCUCUGGAGACCUCGACAGUCUUUUGAAUUUCCUCAGUUUUGCCAGGUGGCUUUUUAUUGGGCUGGCAGUUGCUGGGCUGAUUUAUCUUCGAUACAAAUGCCCAGAUAUGCAUCGUCCUUUCAAGGUGCCACUGUUCAUCCCAGCUUUGUUUUCCUUCACAUGCCUCUUCAUGGUUGCCCUUUCCCUCUAUUCGGACCCAUUUAGUACAGGAAUUGGCUUCGUCAUCACUCUGACUGGAGUCCCUGCAUAUUAUCUCUUUAUUAUAUGGGACAAGAAACCCAGGUGGUUUAGAAUAAUGUCAGAGCGAAUAACCAGAACAUUACAAAUAAUACUGGAAGUUGUACCAGAAGAAGAUAAGUUAUGAACUAAUGGACUUGAGAUCUUGGCAAUCUGCCCAAGGGGAGACACAAAAUAGGGAGUUUUACUUCAUUUUCUGAAAGUCCAGAGAAUUACAACUUUGGUGAUAAACAAAAGGAGUCAGUUAUUUUUAUUCAUAUAUUUUAGCAUAUUCAAACUAAUUUCUAAGAAAUUUAGUUAUAACUCUCUGUAGUUAUAGCAAGUGAAUAUGCAGUUAUUCUAUGAGUCGCACAAUUCGUGAGUCUCUGAUACCUACCUAUUGGGGUUAGGAGAAAAGACUAGACAAUAACUAUGUGGUCAUUCUCUACCACAUAUGUUAGCCCGUCAAAGAACCUUCAAACUGAAGACUGAGAUUUUUCUGUAUAUAUAGGUUUUGUAAAGAUGAUGGUUUUACACACUAUAGAUGACUAUACUGUGAAAAGUGUUUUCAGUUCUGAAAAAAAAAGCAUACAUCAUGAUUAUGGCCGAGAGGAGAGAAAGAAAUUUAUUUUACAUUGACAUUGCAUUGCUUCCCCUUAGAUACCAAUUUAGAUAACACUCAUGCUUUAAUGGAUUAUACCCAGAGCAUUUUGAACAAAGGCCAGUGGAGAUUGUUGAAUAAAUUAAAGAAGAGUUUCUAGGGGCUACUGUUUAUGGGACACAUCCAGGAGUUAUGUUUGUUUGAGUAAAAAUCCUUGAGAAUUUAUUAUGUCAGAUGUUUUUUUCAUUCAUUAUCAGGAAGUUUUAGUUAUCUGUCAUUUUUUUUUUCACAUCAGUUUGAUCAGGAAAGUGUAAGUGUGUAACACAUCUUAGAGCAAGAGUCAGUUUGGUAUUAAAUCCUCAUUAGAACAACCACCUGUUUCACUAAUAACUUACCCUGAUGAGUAUAUCUAAACAUAUGCAUUUUAAACCUUCAAAUUACAUUAUCAACAUGAGAGAAAUCACCAACAAAGAAAAUGUCCAAAAUAGUCCUAUAUCUGUAAUCAUAUCUACAUGCAAUGUUGGUAAUUCUGAAGUUUUUUAAAUUUAUGGCUAUUUUUACACGAUGAUGAAUUUUGACAGUUUGUGCAUUUUCUUUAUACAUUUUCUGUUAAAAUAUCUCUUCAGAUGAAACUGUCCAGAUUAAUUAGGAAAAGGCAUAUAUUAACAUAAAAAUUGAAAAAGAAAUGUCACUGCUAAAUAAGAUUUACAACUGAUGUUUCUAGAAAAUUUCCACUUCUAUAUCUAGGCUUUGUCAGUAAUUAUCAUUCAACUUGCAAAAGAGAUAACUGAUGAGAAGAAAAUUGAAAGAAUGAGAAUCUGUGGAUAAGUGUUUGUGUUCAGAAGAUGUUGUUAUGCCAGUAUUAGAAAAUAUUGUGGGCCGGGCAUGAUGGCUUACAUCUGUAAUCCCAGCACUUUGGGAGGCCAAGGCAGGUGGAUCACCUGAGGUUGGGAGUUCUAGACUAGCCUGACCAACAUGGAGAAACCUCGUCUCUACUAAAAAUACAAAAUUAGCUGGGCAUGAUGGCAUAUGCUGGUAAUCUCAGCUAUUCAGGAGGCUGAGGAAGGAGAAUUGCUUGAACCCGGGAGGCAGAGGUUGCAGUGAGCCGAAAUUGCACCACUGCACUCCAGCCUGGGUGACAACGUGAGACUCCAUCUCCAAAAAAAAAAAUAAAAAAAUGUGUAUGUGUGUGUGUGUGUGUGUGUGUAUAUACAUAUAUAUGUAUAUGUAUACAUAUACACAUAUAUAUGGAGAUGUGUAUAUAUCCAUAUAUACAUAUACAUAUAUACAUAUAUAUGUGUAUAUACAUAUAUACGUGUGUAUAUACAUAUAUAUGUAUACACACACACACACACACACAUAUAUAUACGGUGGAACUUACAAAUUUGUGAGAGCAAUAUAAUGAUGAAAUUUUGAACUGUUAUUUAUAAACAUCUAAGGUAAAAUGGUUAGUCAUGACCAGAGUAUGUUUCAUCCUUUAAUUUUUGUCCAUUUGAAAAUAAGGAUUUUUGAAAGAAUUAUACCAAUUAAAAUUAUUAAAGGCAAACAGAAAAUUGUCCAAAGUAGAAAUGAUGACCUAUCAUUUGGAGCAUUUCCAAUUCAGUAAUUUCAAUUUUGCUCUUGAAAACAUUUAAUAUAUAUCCAAGACUGACAUUUCUUUAGCUGAACCUAACGUUUGGGUCUCUAAGUGAAUUUAUAAUAACUUCUUCCUUCCUUAGCAUAUGGUUUUCAAAAUUUGAUUUAUAAUUCCUAUUUCUGGUAAAUAUCGUUCAUUUGUCCACAUCUCUCCCUAUCAUAUGUUACUGGAGGUAAGAAUUUCUUUUAUAUUCCUAUUUUUUUCCCCCAUAGACUAGGCUCAUAGAAUUUAAACAAGCAAAUUUUCCUGAGCUUUUUCUUGCUGAAUGAAAGAAGACUGGUAAAUUCUCAUAGAGAGGUUUGCAUAGUUGUUGGCUCUUCCUGGGGUUAAUGUGCUUAUAUUCACGUGGCAAAUUGGUCUCAGAAUUUAAUUUAUUUAUUUUUGAUUUGAAUUUCUUUUUAAAAGUAUCAAUUUAAAAGGUAACUAGAAUUAUUCUUUCUCAUUUUCAAGAGUGAUUUUUGCAUUAUUAAAUUUCCCUGCCAUUGUAAUGCCAUUUUAAGCAGAAAAAAAGUCAGCCAGUAAUUAAGAAAAAAGGUGAUGGAGAUUAAGUAGUAUUUUGGCUUAUUUUUAGGACUCAUGAUGAGAAGACACAGAGUUCCUUUAAUCAGGAAAUUAAUAUCCAUAAUUUUCAUUCAAAAUUGUAGUAUGUAAAGAAGAUUCUCAUUCAAAAACUCUCCUAAACACUUAUUUAUAUAUGUUUUUAUAUAAGUAAAAUUUUUCUCAUAUUUUUAUAUGAUAUGCACACACACACAUGCACAUACUACUUACUACAUGUGCAGUACUUGUACUUUGUACCAUGCAUAUUCAAAUGUUUAUAUACAUAAGCUUAUUAUAACAUAAAAAGUAAAAGUAAUGAAUACUGUUUAAAAUAACUAAUAUAGUAUUUUUUAAUUUUUGUGGGGAUGGAUUCUCAAAUACUUAAUUGUGAUUUUAAAAGAUCCAGUAAAGACUUCUAAAGCUAAAACACAAUUUGAUUUUAAAAAGAAUGAUUCUCCUUACACAAUUAUAAAUAUUUGCAGUAAAUAUUUUCCUCAUAAUACUGUUUUGACCCCAUUUAAAAAGUAUUAGAUUCCUUUGAUCAAAUGAAAACUGAACCUUAUAAAUGGUUAGCUGAAAGUAGACCUUAUUCUUGUCCUUCUUUAGAAGAGUAAAGAUUUGUCCUAGGGAAGAUGGCUGACUUCGGUUCCAAACAUGUAUAUGCAUUUAGACUGUAGCUCCUCAGCCAUGUGGACACAAAAUUUGGACAGCUUAUUAGGUUACAUUAGCAAUGCAUGGUGGUUUCUCCAACACUAAGAUAUUCACGUUGAAACAGAUUUCCUGUUCGUCUUAUGUGUCUAGUAAAAUUGUUUCCCCAAUUACAAUUUGACAUAUCAAUAGAGGGUUAACAAGAGUAUAAUUACAUAGCAGAAUUCCUCAUGAACUAUAAUCAGUCUACAGGAAAAUCAUUAUUUUAUCUUGAUUAGCAGAUGAAUAUACUGCUAAGAAAAGGAGCAACUCUGACCUUUGUUAAAGUUGAUCUUUUGUAAUUGAGGUAUAAGCUUUGUAAAGAUAAAAAAACUGAAGGCCAGAGAAUCAGGAAAUGAAAGAUAGUAUGUGACUGAAGGUAACAAUAUUUUAAUGUUAUGCAAUAUAGUCAGAGAAAUAUUAAAAAUUAGUUGUUUGCUGUGCAUAGGUGGAUCUCGCAAGAAGCUAAUGAAGCCUAAGCUUCAGUGCCUCUCACUUAGACAUGUUCCAUUCGAGGUCCUGAACCUAACUUUGCAUUAGGAAUUCUGUACUAAUUUUGUUGAAGAAGACCAGCAAAGUUGUGUAUACUUCUACCCCCACAAAAUCUGCAUUGUCCAUGUGAGUAAAGUAAAAUAAUUCCUGUUAUUUUUUUCUAUUAGAAAUAAGUAUGGAGGAUAUAUUUUUAAAAAUUUAUGAGUUAAUUGAAAUAUCCAUAUAUAACAAGUGGCUUUCUCACAAUAUAUAUGGUGUGAUAUAUAGAGAGAUAGUUUCACUUUCAUCAUAUUUUAUAUGUUGAUUCUGAACUAUAGAAAAAUAAUAAAUGGGACUUUAAUUAUAGCUCUUUUUCUUAGUUUGGAAAGAAAUAUAGAGAUGUGGGAUUUGAAUGCCCAUGAAAGACAUUUUAUUUUACUUGAAUAUAUUCUUGCUUCAUUUUACCCUCCAUAAUAUGUUGUACAUUAGUGCUGAUCAAGUUUACAGAGUUACAUUUUGCUUUCCUAACCAUUCAAAGUCAGGAAUUAAAAUAUGGCAUCGUAUAACUGGGAAGAAGCUCAUAGUGGAUGUAGAGUAGAUAAUGGGUCACCUUGAUAGCUUCUGUUUACAUUACUUGUAUAUGGGCAAAAUAAUUAUUACCUAUAUGUGUAUUUAAGCUUAAUUUUCAUAUAAACAGUAUUUUAAAUCUAUGUUAAAAUAGAUAAUAUCUAAAAGUGUGAUCUCUAGGUAGUCGUUAGUUUAUUAGUAUUGUACUUUAAAAAGAUUUUUAAAUAGGUCUGGCGCGGUGGCUCAUGCCUGUAAUCCCAGCACUUUGGGAGGCUGAGGCGGGCGAAUCACCUGAGGUCAGGAGUUUGAGAUCAGUCUGGCCAACAUGAUGAAACCCUGUCUCUACUAAAAAUAUAAAAAUUAGCCGGACGUGGUGGCAGGCGCCUGUAAUCCCAGCUACUCGGGAGGCUGAGGCAGGAGAAUCACUUGAACCUGAGGGGCAGAAGUUGCAGUGAGCCGAGAUCGCAUCAUUGCACUCCAGCCUGGGGGACAAGAGUGAGACUUCGUCUUAAAAAAAAAAAAAAAAGAUUUUUAAAUAAUAGCUAAAAGUAUGAUCUCUAGGUAGUCCUUAGUUUAUUAGUACUGUACUUAAAAAUGAUUUUUUAAUAGUCAAUUUUGGGAGAUAAUUAUUUUCCUUGUAUUUUCCAAUUAGUUGGUGUCUAAAAAUAAAUGUUUUGUCUAAUUUUAGAUCAGGUAUACAUUCACAAAAGCAUAACUCAUAGUCUCACAGGAAAUUCACAAAUUUUCCAUAUGUUGUGAGAUAACUGUCCUUUCUACAACCUCAUCACAAUGAAUUUAUAUAGUUACCUAGAUUUUCUUAGUGUGAAUCUACCAAUUAAUUUUCUUGGUAGUUAUUUUUUUCCCUCCUCUCUGUUACUAUUGGCCUUGAAAUACACACAGGAUGGUUACAGUGUCCUAAUAGCUAUUUGUUACAUGUGUGUGUUUCAGCGUACUUGAAUCAAGUGUACAUUUAUAGUACCAAUAACCGCCUUUACAGCUUUACAGUUAACAAUUCUCUCACAAAACUGUAGAGCAUUAGGCAUCUGAGAGCCAUACAGAGGGCCACACUUGUUCCAAAGCGAACAUAUUUUUUUCUCCUCAACAUAUACACUACUGAUUUUUUUUAAAAGUAUGACUUUCAAGUGAAUUAAUGUAUUGGUUAGGAGAACUGCUUGUUAAGUCCUUAUUACCUCUUGUUGAAGCCUCAAAAGGCCGUGCUGAAAGCCAGAGGGGAAAAAAAGAGUAAUGCACAGAUAUCUCUUUUGCAGUGGUGUCUGUAUUUUGAGUACCUUGUGUGACAGGGUAUUGUGUACAGCAUCUUGUGGGAAAACCUAUUAGGCCUUUGCAUGUUAAAGCUGUAUAAUUUGUUGGGUUGUGAGUGGUCUGACUUAAAUGUGUAUUAUAAAAUUUAGACAUCAAAUAUUCCUAAUUAACUUUAUUAGAUGCAUACUUGGAAGCACAGUCAUAUCACACUGGGAGGCAAUGCAAUGUGGUUACCUGGUCCUAGGUUUGAACUGUCUGAACUGUCUUAUUUCAAAGGAUUUCUGAAUUAAUUUUUCCCUAGAAUUUCUCCUUCAUUCCAAAGUAGAAACAUACUUUGAAGAAUGAAACAGAUUGUUCCCAUGAAUGUAUGCUUAUACUCGACUAGAAAUGAUCUAUGUUAAAUGACUGUGUAUAUGAAUUAUUUCAAGUACUACCCCAAAGAACUUUCUUAUUGCUCUGAAAGAAGAAAAGCAAUGUAAAUCACUAUGAUUAUUGCACAAACCACAAGAAUUCUUCAACAAUUUUAAGUAAUCUGAUCCUCUUCUUGGAGAAAAUUGUUACCUAAUAGUUUUUCCUUAUGAAUGUUAUUACUACUGGUAUAAAUCAAAUUUCUAUAAAUUUCCUACUUAAGUCUUAAGAACUGGGUUCUUCCUUUGAUGUUAUUCAUGUUCAGAAAGGAAAUAACACUUUACUGUUUUAGGACAAUUCCUAGAAUCUAUAGUAGUAUCAGGACAUAUUUUGCUUUAAAAUAUAUUUUGGUUAUUUUGAAUACAGACAUUGGCUCCAAAUUUUCAUCUUUGCACAAUCGUAAUGAGUUUUCACUAGAACUUCUCAGCAUUCAGGAACUUUGCAAAUAUAAGCAUCAUACGUGUUAAGACUGUAUCAUUUAAUGCUAUGAGAUACAUUGUUUUCUCCCUAUGCCAAACAGGUGAACAAACGUAGUUGUUUUUUACUGAUACUAAAUGUUGGCUACCUGCGAUUUUAUAGUAUGCACAUGUCAGAAAAAGGCAAGACAAAUGGCCUCUUGUACUGAAUACUUGGGCAAACUUAUUGGGUCUUAAUUUUCUGACAGGAUUUGACUCAAUAUUUGUAGAGCUUGCGUAGAAUGGAUUACAUGGUAGUGAUGCACUGGUAGAAAUGGUUUUUAGUUAUUGACACAGAAUUCAUCUCAAGGUGAAUCUUUUAUGUCUUUUUAUCGUAAGCAUAUCUGAAUUUACUUUAUAAAGAUGGUUUUAGAAAGCUUUGUCUAAAAAUUUGGCCUAGGAAUGGUAACUUCAUUUUCAGUUGCCAAGGGGUAGAAAAAUAAUAUGUGUGUUAUGUUUAUAUUAACAUAUUAUUAGGUACUAUCUAUGAAUGUAUUUAAAUAUCUUUCAUAUUCUGUGACAAGCAUUUAUAAUUUGCAACAGUGGAAUCCAUUGAGCCCAGUGGGAAAGUCUUGGAACUCAGGUUACCCUUGAGUGAUAAUGCUGGCAGCCAUCUCUUUGAUCUGUGCUUAAACUGUAAUUUAUAGACCAGCUAAAUCCCUAACUUGGAUCUGGAAUGCAUUAGUUACGACCUUGUACCAUUCCCAGAAUUUCAGGGGCAUCGUGGGUUUGGUCUAGUGAUUGAAAACACAAGAACAGAGAGAUCCAGCUGAAAAAGAGUGAUCCUCAAUAUCCUAACCGGUCCUCAACUCAAGCAGAGUUUCUUCACUCUGGCACUGUGAUCCUGAAACUUAGUAAAGGGGAUUGUGUGUAUUUUAUACAAAUUUAAUACAAUGUCUUACAUUGAUUGAUAAAUUCUUAAAGAGCAAAACUGCAUUUUAUUUCUGCAUCCACCUUCCAAUCAUAUUAGGAGAACUAAGAUAUUUAUCUAUGAAGAUAUAAAUGAUGCAGAGACACUUUCAUCUGUGGAUUGCAUUGUUUCUUAGGGUUCCUAGCACUGAUGCCUGCACAAGCAUGUGAUAUGUGAAAUAAAAUGGAUUCUUCUCUAGCUAAAUGAUUUCCCUCUGGGGAGAGUUCUGGUACUGCAAUCACAAUGCCAGAUGGUGUUUAUGGGCUAUUUGUGUAAGUGGUAAGAUGCGAUGAAGUAAGUGUGUUUUCAUCUUUUGGAAACUCUUGAUGCAUGUGCUUUUGUAUGGAAUAAAUUUUGGUGCAAUAUGAUGUCAUUCAACUUUGCAUUGAAUUGAAUUUUGGUUGUAUUUAUAUGUAUUAUACCUGUCAUGCUUCUAGUUGCUUCAACCAUUUUAUAACCAUUUUUGUACAUAUUUUACUUGAAAAUAUUUUAAAUGGAAAUUUAAAUAAACAUUUGAUAGUUUACAUAAUAAAUAUCAUGUUUUGCUUUC